AUGGGCUUUUUCAGAGCUGUGGCUUCUGAAAACGAGCGAGGCACCUUGCAUUUCCUACGCUAUGGCGCCAACGUCAAUGCCACCACCGGCUCCCAUACCCUUGACGAGCCAGUGCCCUGGCAUUUUUCGUUCACACCACUGAACGUAGCGGCCAAUAUUGGAAAUGACACAAUGGUCAAGAUCUUGCUAGACCAUGGCGCCGAAAUCAACGGAGUGCAUCCAGAGAAUCUGCCCUGGACACCCCUCACUGCAAGAUCAUAUACUAAGCCCCCCUGUUCAAGAUGCGCUUUUGUCAGGGCAUGUGAGUACUGUCAGACUUUUGUUGGAAUGGGGAUCACCCAUAGUAAGCCCGCAUAUUUACCAGGAGGACUCGUCAACUGGGCACUGAGGACAGCACAGAUACCGAUGCUUGAGCUUCUGGCUGAGUUUGGUGCAAAUUUUAACACCCCAAUCCAUGAAAACGCCAUUCCUCUGCUCCAAGUGGCUACUGAUAGUAAUAUCUCGACAGAUUUGGUUCGGUUUCUGCUGGACCAUGGAGCAGAUAUCACUCUUGUUGAUGAUGAAAAUGGGAUACUUUUGAAUCGAGUGAUCAAAUUUGGGAACAUCAACACUGCCAGGUUGUUACUGGAGCGUGGAACAACAUGUCCUCCAAAUAUAUUGAAUUCGGUUAUAUCAGGGUGCACGUUUGAGACAAUUGAUUUACUGGCCGAGUACGGGAUUCAUCUCCAUAAUUUCAACAUCGGAAAGGUUAUAAGUGCCGGGCGACUGGAUAUACUACAACUAUUGGUUGAUGAAGGCUGUGAUGUAAAUACAAGAGUUUGGAGAGGUGCAACGCCUCUGCAUCAUGCAGUCAGAAUCUCCCAAUGGCUCCAAAGUACUUUAAGGGGGCCUAGGCGCUUCCGACGCCCCGUGGAGUCAUUUGUGCGUCCAGUAGAGAUCACUCCACAGCUAAAUGUCUCAGCUCCCUGCUCUGUAUGGCGUGAGUCUGAUAAUGUAGCCAUCGAAAUUUUGCACUGCCUGAUCAAAGCCGGGGCGGAUAUUAACGCUGUGGAUGAGAGAGGGCGCACUCCACUGGAUGUGGCUUGCAAGUGGGCUCCACGGAUUGUGCAGCAGCUACUUGUGGAUAAUGGUGCUGACUGGGAGGGAGGCGAGUUGCCAGGUACUCCACAUGAAUUCUUUGAUAGUGAUUUGUGA